AUGACGUUUUUUCAGUGUUUCUUUGCAGUAUUUUCGAUCCUUGGUCUGCAAUGUAUGGUUUACACAUUGGUGUUGUUUGGAUGGGCUUUUGUGACCAUAACGUUUAUUUUAUGCGGCGUGUUCCUCUGCCUACAUAAUGUGACUGCAGACAGCUGCGAGGCAAUGAACCAGUGGGUCGAGAACCCAACAGCUCAUACAACUCUAGACGAUAUCCUUCCAUGUGUAGACAAUGCCACGGCUCAGGAGAGCUUACUAAGGACCAAAGAAGUCACGGUUCAACUCACAAAUGUGAUCAACCAAGUCAUAAGAAAUGUCACAAAUAGCAAUUUCCCACCUGACUUUGCGCCACUCUACUUCAAUCAAUCUGGCCCGAUGAUGCCAACCCUGUGCAACCCAUUCAACCCGGAUUUCACUAACAGAACAUGUGAACAAAAUGAAGUACCCUUGAGUGAGGCCACAAAGGUCUACAGUCAAUACGUUUGUCAUGUUUCAUCGACCCAAGUGUGCACUACUACAGGCCGACUAACUCCUGAGUCGUAUAGACAAAUGUCAGCUGCAAUUGAACUUGGCUACUCGUUGUACCUAUACGGGCCAUUUUUGAUUGAAUUACAAGAUUGCACUUUUGUUAGACAUACAUUUACUGACAUAUCGCGUGAUCAUUGUCCUGGGCUAACGCGUUAUCUUGACUGGAUUUAUAUCGGGCUGUUGAUGGUGUCAUGUGCGGUGAUGUUUUCGCUUGUUUUUUGGGUGAUUUACGGGAGGGAAAGGAGACAUCGGGUGUAUUCAAGAACAAUAGUUAGUAGAAGCGGACGGGGGAAGGAUAUGUGA